AUGGAAGGUGUGGGGAUCGAACCCGAGACCUAUCCUGUGAGGAGAGUGAGCGAGGCCGCGAACUAUGAGGCUGAGUCUCCUGUGGAAUUGUUUGAUAUUGACGCGCAGUUGGAACGGUCGCUGGAGGAGAUACGUGAUGUGAAGAAUUUGCUGAGAAUUUUGUUGUCUAAAGUUGAUGACCUCGGUCGCACUACGGCUGAGAAUCUGGACAGGGUACGCGAGGAGAGGGAAAAAGAGGAUCGGAAACGGCGGGAAUUGCUACUACGUGAAGAAGAGCGUCGAGCGGAAGCCGUUGCUGUUGAGGCGGCGCGGGAACGUCGAGAUGACUUGUAUGUUGAUGAUGAGUAUAAACGAGGGCAAGCUAUG